UCUGAUAAACAACGAGAGAGAAAAAGAGAGGCUGCUGGGUAGACAGCAGAUCGCACCACCCAAUUUCAGAGGGAGAGAAGCCAGGAAACAUGUCGGAUAGUAUCCCGCUGCAGCCUGUCCGCCAUAAGAAAAUGCUUGAUUCCAAACAGAGGAGCGGAUGUUGUGGUUGGUGCUGUAGAGGAAGAGAUUUCAAACCUCGCACAGUGUGGCUUGGACAUCCAGAGAAAAGAGAACAGAAAUAUCCAAAAAAUAUUAUCAAUAAUCAGAAAUACAACAUCGUUACCUUUCUUCCAGGGGUAUUAUUUAAUCAGUUUAAGUAUUUCUUCAAUCUGUACUUCCUCCUGUUGGCAUGUUCCCAGUUUGUACCAGAUCUGCGACUUGGUGCUCUGUACACCUAUUGGGCUCCAUUGGGUUUUGUCUUGGCUGUGACAAUCAUCAGAGAGGCUGUGGAGGAGAUCCGAUGUUACAUGCGAGACAAAGAAGUGAACUCCCAGAUCUACAGCAAGCUCACAGCCAGAGGUAUUGUGACUGUCAAGAGCUCAAAUAUUCAAGUGGGGGAUUUAAUUAUUGUUGAAAAGAAUCAAAGGGUACCUGCCGACAUGAUCUUUCUCCGAACAUCAGACAAAGGGGGUUCCUGUUUUAUCCGCACUGAUCAGCUGGAUGGUGAGACUGACUGGAAGAUGCGAUUGCCUGUUGGCUGUACUCAGAGAUUGCCCAUUGCUGCUGAUUUGCUACAAAUACGAUCUUAUGUUUAUGCAGAAGAACCAAACAUUGAUAUUCACAGUUUUGUGGGGACGUUCACUCGGGAGGAUAGUGACCCACCAAUUAAUGAGAGUUUAAGCAUUGAGAACACAUUGUGGGCCAGUACUGUUAUAGCUUCUGGCACAGCAGUUGGUGUUGUUAUCUACACAGGAAAAGAAAUGAGGAGUGUUAUGAAUACUUCACACCCAAAGAACAAGAUGGGGCUGUUUGACCUGGAGGUGAACUGUUUAAUGAAGGUCCUGUUCGUUGCUUUGGUGGCAUUAUCCCUUGUGAUGGUGGCCCUGCAGCAUUUCAGGGGACGUUGGUAUCUCCAUUUGUUUCGCUUCUUCCUUCUGUUCUCUCACAUAGUUCCAAUCAGUAUUCGUGUCAAUCUGGACAUGGGAAAGAUGGUCUACAGUUUGAUGAUUCGUAAAGAUGAUAAAAUUCCUGGCACAGUGGUACGGGCUAGCACCAUUCCAGAACAGCUUGGAAGAAUUUCCUAUGUUCUAACAGACAAGACGGGAACCCUGACCAAAAAUGAGAUGCAGUUCAGGCGUCUUCAUUUGGGUACAGUGUCCUAUGGACUGGAUUCAAUGGAUGAAGUAGAAAGCCAUGUUUUUAGUGCAUAUACGCAGCCUCCACCUGCUUCACAAGACAAAUCCUCCUCAGCUACGCCUAAAAUGCGUAAAACUGUCGCCAUUCGUGUUCACGAGGCAGUGAAAGCAAUUUCAUUGUGCCACAAUGUUACACCCGUCUAUGAGUCUCGUGGGCCUGAUUCACCGGACCGAGCUGAAGCCGAACAAAGUUAUGAAGAUGCAUGUCGAACUUACCAAGCAGCCAGUCCAGAUGAGGUGUCUCUCGUGCAGUGGACAGAGUGUGUGGGCCUGACUCUUGUUGGCAGGGACCAAUCUUCCAUGCAGCUGAGGACACCAGGAGGACAGAUUCUGAACUUCACUAUCCUGCAGGUGUUCCCAUUUACCUAUGAGAGCAAACGAAUGGGAAUCAUUGUCAAAGAUGAAUCCUCAGGAGAGAUUACGUUCUACAUGAAAGGGGCUGAUGUUGUCAUGAUGGGAAUUGUUCAGUACAAUGACUGGCUUGAAGAAGAGUGUGGCAAUAUGGCCAGAGAGGGACUUAGAGUUCUCGUUGUUGCCAAGAAGUCACUGACGGAGGAGCAGUACCAGGAUUUUGAGAACCGUUAUAAUCAAGCAAAACUGAGUGUACAUGAUCGGUCAUUGAAAGUUGCGACUGUUAUUGAGAGUCUGGAGAUGGAAAUGGAGCUGCUUUGCCUGACUGGAGUGGAGGACCAGCUGCAGGCUGAUGUCAGGCCUACUCUGGAGAUGCUGAGAAAUGCUGGGAUAAAGGUAUGGAUGCUUACUGGAGACAAACUUGAAACAGCAACGUGUACAGCAAAAAAUGCACAUCUGGUAACAAGGAAUCAAGAUAUCCACAUUUUCCGAACAAUAACCAAUCGAGGAGAAGCACACUUGGAACUUAAUGCUUUCAGAAGAAAACAUGAUUGUGCUCUGGUCAUAUCUGGAGACUCAUUGGAGGUAUGCCUGAAGUUUUAUGAGUAUGAGUUCAUGGAACUUGCCUGUCAGUGCCCUGCUGUAGUCUGCUGUCGAUGUGCCCCCACACAGAAAGCACAGAUUAUACGCCUGUUACAGCAGCGGACUCGCAAGUUAACAUGUGCAGUAGGGGACGGAGGAAAUGAUGUGAGUAUGAUCCAGGCUGCAGACUGUGGAGUGGGCAUUGAAGGCAAGGAAGGAAAGCAAGCAUCUUUAGCAUCAGAUUUCUCCAUAACUCAGUUUAAGCACCUUGGGAGAUUGCUAAUGGUUCAUGGACGCAACAGCUACAAGAGGUCUGCUGCCCUGAGCCAGUUUGUGAUCCACAGGAGUUUGUGCAUCAGCACCAUGCAGGCUGUUUUCUCUUCGGUGUUCUAUUUCGCGUCGAUUCCUCUGUAUCAAGGUUUCCUGGUUAUAGGGUAUUCCACAAUUUAUACCAUGUUCCCAGUGUUCUCUCUCGUUCUGGACAAAGAUGUCAAAUCGGAAGUUGCAAUGCUUUAUCCAGAGCUCUAUAAAGAUCUUACUAAGGGUCGACCACUCUCCUUCAAAACAUUUUUGGUUUGGGUUUUGAUUAGCAUAUACCAAGGUGGUAUAAUAAUGUACGGAGCUCUUCUGCUGUUUGAUUCGGAGUUUGUACAUGCCGUGGCCAUUUCCUUCACUUCUCUCAUUCUCACGGAGUUGCUGAUGGUGGCACUCACUAUCCAGACCUGGCACUGGCUCAUGAUCGUGGCAGAGCUUCUCAGUCUCAGCUGUUACAUUGCUUCUCUUGUCUUCUUGCAUGAGUUUAUUGAUGUCUACUUCAUCAUCACAUUGUCCUUCCUGUGGAAAGUCUUAGUAAUCACCUUGAUCAGCUGCCUUCCCCUGUACAUACUGAAGUACCUGAGAAGAAGGUUUUCACCACCAAACUACUCCAAACUUACCUCAUAGACUCUAAAACAUAGAUAGUGAGCCCGCUCUAGUUGGGAGUCACAGCCAACAAUUUACGAAGUUUAUUUGACAGUUUCAAGUGCUACUGAUGAACUAAAAUGCUACUGUAACAGUAAUGACAAAACUGGUGCAAAUCCUUUGGGCAGCAAACAUUACCAGAGAUACGACCUGUUACUUCAGAGUCAUGAGUUACUGGUCAAAAAGGAAUCAGUGUACUGCUCAAUACCAAGAGGCUAGAAAAGAAUCCACUGAAGGUAAAAGGAUCAACAAUCGAUUACAGCUAUUGUGCUACUAUUGAAAAGUAUGACUUCUGUUUAGCCAUCCAUUUAUUUUGUUUGUACCCAAAUUUCACUAGGGUUCCAAGUUCCACUUACUGAUCAUUUUCCAUUCUCCAAACUUAGUAAUCGGUUAUACCCAUCACCUAGAAUGAUACUAAUACCUUAAGUCUUUCAACUAACAACUCCAAUCUUCACCUUGGGUAUUGCAAGCCAAGUUUUGUGUUUUUAUCCUGAUUGCAGAAUUCAGAGGUAUGUAAUCUGAAGCAACCUUCAGAGUUUAUAGGAUUGAAUGACACCAGUUAAAAAGGGAAUCUACUGUAUACACUGUACAAUAGUCAGAGGCACAUAAAAGAAUCUAUGGGAGAUAAUGAGAUCACAAACAUGUAAACCUGUUGAGCCACUGAUACAAGUAACUAUAAUAUUUGUUUUUUCAAUUAUCCCUUUGUUUUCUUUGUGACCUAAUUACACUUGGGCAUGUUCUUCAGCUACAUCUAAAUUUGAUAGUUUGAACAGUAAAUUUAUUUUAUGCAUUCAAAUGUGUUUGAAACAUAUCACAACCUAAACAUGCACUUUAGAGGUAACACAAGCUGCCAAAUGAUCCUGCAGUAAAAUGGAUAACAACCCGCACUUAUUAUCCUAUGUUCAGAUAGAACUUUUUGAAGUUUUUCUCCCAGCUCAAUUCACUGAUACUUUGGUGAGUGAAAUGAGGAUCUGGGUUUGUAAUAGUGUCCUGUGUGCUAAAUGAAUGCUAAGCCACAAUUUCUUUUCACAUCAUUUAACAAAGUUUAUGAAUGUUUAGUCAAAGAUAGCACUAAAGAUACAGGCUUGGAGAAGUGCAACUUUCCUGCUUUAAUUUCUCUUGCUACAAAAGCCGCUUUUUAAAAGCCAUUGCUGAGGUUAAUUAGGAUUCAUUAUUAUUUAAAAAUUUGAACUAACUAAGGUGAUAGAUGUGGAUGCUGGAUAUUUAAAGAUAAAUCUUCACUCCAUCUGUUGGAGACAGAGUGAAGAAUGUUCAAGCCAUAGUUCUGAUCAGUAAAAUUGAAUAACAUUGGUAUGUGCAAGGGAAUCACCUUUGCUUUAUUAUUAUAUUCAUAAUAAAAUUCAUGUUGAUGGAACUAAUCAGUAGCAUCUGGUCACUUUUUUAAUCUUUUUAAGUGGCUUGCAGGAUCAAACUGCACUUCUACUUAAAAGAAAACAGCAGGAUUGAUUUGAUGGCUUCCAUUAACUGCACAGUGUCAGCUAAUUGUAAUUGGGCAUUUGAUUUCCAGUUUUAAACUUCCAGCUUUGCUCCAUUGUUUGGACUUGAUUUCUCUGAGGGCAAUACAGUUUACAAAAAAAAACAUUUUUGUGUUCAAUAUAGGUAGUUUAUGUGUCAAUGCUUUUUAAAUGAUAUUUACAUCUAAUAUGUCUGGUGAAGAUUUUAAUAGUUGUAUUUAAUGUGUUGUUUCUGAAGCUUUUGUGGAUUUGGACAAAGUAUGACUAGUAUAAAUCACAUGAUUUGUAUUUUUAAUAUAUUGCUGCAUCAAGAAUGAACUCAUUAAUUUCAUUUGAAUGGUGGUGGUUAAGGUGUAUACUUUGUAUUCUUGUGAUUGAGAAAAGACCAGUUGGACCUUAGCAUUCAGCUCAAUGCUGUAAACUAUUAACUGUGUUUUCAAUCUGUACACCAUCUUACACUGGCAGGUGCUGAACAAAUGGUCAUUUAUAUGGAUAAUUUGAAUUUGUGGUUAAUCCUCAGAAAUCAGGAUUUGCUUGACACAUUUAAAGUCUGGAUGUCAGUAUUUAGAUUAUGUGCCUUCUCUUUGAGCAAGGAUGCAAAGAGACUAAGAAUGAUUUUGUGGGCCAAAUUAAUAUGAAUAUAUAUGCAUCUAAUACCAGCCAGUAAUUUAAAAUGGUUAUCGGCAAUGCAGUCACUUUACCAUGAGUUCUGAUUUCUUAUAAGUUCUGAAGAAGCACUUCUGAAAGUGAGAGACCUGACUAUGGACAUAAUUUCUCCUGCUGUGCGAGUUACUAUUAGGAAUUAUUUUUACCGAGCCUUGGUAGAGGCUUGGAGAAUGUUUGAGGCUUCCUCAGUAUCUAAAAAGAGCGAAAGAACUGGAUAAAUAAAUUGAGAGUGUACUUAAAAAUCAACAAUUAAUUUCAGAGAACGUCAUGCUGAUUCAUUUCCUGUAACAGCCUGAAGUCUUUGCUUCAUGAUUUUGUACAGUAAAGCAUUAUUUAUGAUUGAACGCAAAGAAUAUCAAAAAUGUUUUUGUUAAUUAUUGUCAUUUUAUCAUAUUUUCAGCCUGUAUUUGUUGUUAGUCGUGGCUUUAAUGUGUUCACUAUUUAUUGUUCCAUUUCGUUCAUAGCUCCAUCUCAUUCUAAGUCACACCGGAAGUGUGUCUGCUGUCCAUCUGCCUGCGUGCCCUACCACAGGGUUUAGUUUUCUGUCCAUUUAUGGAAUCCCAUCCGUUUGUUGAUCAUGACUAUAUCAUCUCUCCAUUCUCCCUACCUUCUCUACAUGUACUGCAGUUGGUCUCUUCAGAAACAUUUUGAAAACGACCUAUACCCAUAACCGAUUCAUCAAAAUGCCUUGAAGGGUAGUGUCUUGGGGUAACACUAAUUCCAUGACACUAUCCUGAAGAAGAUGGUGCUUUUCUGUUCAGGUCUGGCAACCCAUAUUCAUUCUUGACCUUAGCUGUUGACUGUAUGGAAUUGCAUGUUCCCCCUGUUACUGUAUGUAUUUUCGCUGGGUGCUUGAGUUUCCUUCCGCAUGCUAAUGACAUCUAUAUAAGUUGACAUUGUAAAUUGCCCACCUUGUAUAUGGGUGGCAGUAAAAUUAUGGGAAGAGGUAUCUGAGAGAUGUUCGGUAAUAGUGAAAGAAGUGGAGGAAUGGGUUGAUAAUUUGUUUCUUGAGUUGGCAUGGACUUAGUGGACUAGAAUGUCUGCCAAAAUUGUAAGAAAAAUAUAACAAUGGAAAUGAAAAGUUUGAAUAGUUCCAUGACAAAGUAAGAUCUGGAGUAACCAGGGCCAUCUGCCCUGGAAAUCUAUAUUGUGUGGACGUCAUCAGAUUUUUCUGGUCAUCUUGCCUUAAUAUUCUUGGAUCUGAGGGUAUGGUAGCAAAGUGUAGACAUUGUUUCUGUAGACUGUCAAUGUGUUGAUUAUUGUGACUUGUCCUCCUGAAUUUCUUGUAUCCUGCCACAGCUUUCCUGCUCAUUGUUAGCAUGCUGAAGCUUUGCACUAUUUUGCAUGCCAUUGUUCCUGCUAAAUCCAAUAAAAAUAUUUGGAUAUGACAAGUACUCUGCAAAAUAAGAUCUUAUUGGAUGUGUAGAUCCUAUGCAUUUCCAGCUAGAAGGCUUCUGAGAAUUAGAAUGAUGAGAUUUUGAUAAAAUUUAGUAGAAACCUAGAAUUCUAAACAUCUAUUGGGUAUGACAAAAAUGCUUCACAAGUAUUUGAAAUGUACUUAGUAGAUGCUAAGCACUUUUUUCCCCUCUCUAUCUCUCUCCGUUUUACUGAUGCAAAAUCAGACCACCUUAGGUUGUGGAAGAACUCCAUUUGCCAACUAGGAAAGAAGGAAUGUUACCAGAGCCAGUGAAGUUAAUGAAAAAGAUUCCAUAUUGGAUAUUUAGAUCCUGCAACUAAAGACUACCCCUUAAAAUGCACAUUUUCAGGAGUUACUGAUUGAGAUAUGCAGGUCAUCAGCUUUGAAUGAAAUUUGUUAAUAUGGAAUAACCCUUCAAAAGUACAUUUUUUUUGAUAAGAUAGAUGAUAUAACCAAUUUGUUGAGGCUCAAUUUGCAUAUCCUAGGAGAAGGAACUAGUGAGGGGUGUGAAGUGAUAAAAGCACCUCGUGCCAAGUUCUGUUUAUUUUAAUGAGAUACCAGAUCAGGACAUCUUGCCUUUGGAUUAUAUUCUCUGGUAGAGAGGAAAGAUUAUAACAUUUUAGAAAGAGUAUGCUUAUAAUUUCUGUGGUAAACUAUCCUAAAUCUCUAAAGACAAAUUAAGUUGAAGAUAAAUAUGCAUGUUUUUAAUCACAGCUGACUCAUUAAUUGUUUAUCUGAAAUCAUGAGUUUCAUCUUUGAUUAUGUAUAUGCAAUCUCAGUUUGCACCUGCAAAAUUAGUACUGUUCUUCAAUGAGUGCAGCUGUAAGGUAACAGAUGGCAUCUGUAAGCCUCUGAAAUUACUUGCAUUUUAUUAAUCUGCAUGCAGUAUAUGUGCACAGAAUUGGACUGCAAAAUUCUUGGGCUGCUGUUGCAUGAAAAGGCUUUUUUUUUCUCCAUGGCUCCUAAAAGAAAAGCAAUGCAUGUUGGGGAGUCAUAUUUGGAUCUUACUUUAGUAGGAGCAAUUGUCCUUAGCAUUGCACAGUAUGCAUCUCUUAAAUAUGGAAUGCCUGGAAGUCAAAGGGAUUAACUCAUAAAAAUUGAUGAUGUCUGCCUAGACUACAGUAAUGCAAGCAUAUUUUUGCCAUACUGGCAACUCAAAGAUGUACUAAAGCACUAAAAUGUUUAAAAUGGUCUAAUCCACUAUUAGAAGUUACCCCAAAAUAGAAACUGUUCUGCCCAGAAAAUGUGCACUGAAUAUCCUUUAUUGAUUAUCCCAGGUUAUAUAUAUUUUUUGUGAGCAAAUUUCUGAUGCAAAAAUACUCUUAAGUGAAUAGAGAGCAGACUUACUUGUGAUUUAAUCUUCCCAGUGGCCAAUCCGUUAUUCUCCAGGUGGCCCAUCGGCUACCCUCCAACCCAUUCAGUUGCCUUAGAACUUCAGUAGGAAUUGCAUGUCUCUCCAGCCCAAUCUCAUUUAUUCUCAAAACCUUCUUGAACUAUAUCACCAUCAUCGUGUCCAAAUUUUAAUCAUGUGAAAAGUAUACCUGCAAUAAGAUGUAAUGCACAAAUUUGUAAUGGCUUUGUCAGGUGUAUUUAUUCAAUAUUAUUAUAUCUAUAUUGUUAUUCAACUGGCCAAGUAUUGAAUUGGGCUGAUUAAAACAAAAAUAGGUAUCUUUAAAAAGGAUAAUGGACCUGCAUGAAUCAUGAACAACAGUUCUUUUUACUUCCUGGCAUGCUGUCCUCAGUUUUUAAUAUGUAUCGAUCAAUAUCAAGCUUUGGGCUUAAUUUCACUGUUGGAUUUGUAUGUUAUUUUAUAUUGCUGAAAUUUUGUAGCUGGGGAUGGGGGAAUGUGGUUGGGGUGUUGGGCAAGAAGAGUAGGUCAGUGUGAUAAAGUUAAAAGGAAAAGACACUACAAAUGUGAAUAGUUAGUAUUUACUAUUUCACUAUUUACAAUUAGUGGAGAAUUGGAGAGAUGGAGUACCGGUAGAGUGUACCAAAAAUUAUUUUUGGAAUUCUGUCCAAAAUUAUUACUAAAAUUGGACUAUGUUGCUAUGUGGGAUUUUUUUCCCUCGCCAAUGGAGGUUUUAUCAAUAAGAGCUGAUUUAAUUUAGUCUGGUGCUGGAUUUCUAGUGUGUUCUUCAAAAUUAAGUUUGCAAAUGGGCACCACGGUAGUGUAGCAGUUAGUGUGACACUUUUACAGCUUGGGGCAUUCUGGAGUUCAGAGUUCAAUUCCGAUGCCAUUCUGUAAGGAGUCUCUGUACAUCCUCCCUGUGGAAUGUGUGGGUUUCUCCUGGUCCUCCGGUUUCCUCCCACAGUCCAAAGCCGUAUCCGGUAAGUUAAUUGUCAUUGCAAAUUGUCCCAUGAUUAGUUUAGGGUUAAUUGGGUUUAUCAGGUAGUUGCUGGGGUGGCAAUACUUAAAUAAAUAUUUCUCAGAAGUAUAAGUAUAAUUCUAGUGCCUAAAAUUGGUUUGGUAUUAGCUUUAGAACUAGAUUCCGGUUGGUGGUACAACUGAGUUUGGUUGCCCAAUAUUUAUGACCUAGGCUUUGCCGUUUGAUAAAUAAGAGGAACAAAAUCAUUAUUUAGUCCUCAAAGGGCUGACCUUUGUCUAAAAUGUGUUUCAUAAAAGAGGAAUGAAUAUCUUGUGAACAUGUUGUUAAUUUAUUGUUGGUUUCUAUGCUAUGAACACUAUGCUCUUAAGAGCAAAAAAAAUAAAGUAUUAUACAAACAAUAAAAAGCAGUUUCAUGACAA